UCACCGUAGCUAACAGCAGCUUUACUCCGGAUUGAUGGCGGAGGGCACUGGGAACGCGGCCAACCUCCCACCGGGAGACCCGCAGCUCAUCGGUAUGAUUGUGGAGCAUCUGAAGAACCGGGGGCUCUUCGAUGAGUUCCGUCGGGACUGUCUGGCAGACGUCGAUACGAAGCCAGCCUACCAGAACCUGCGACAGAAAGUCGACAACUUUGUCACAUCGCAGCUGAGCACUCAGGACUGGAACCCGUCUAUCAACAAGAACCAGAUGAGGAACGGCCUGAGGCAAAGUGUUGUCCAAUCGGGCAUGUUGGAGUCCGGUGUGGACAGGAUCAUCACUCAGGUUGUGGACCCCAAGAUGAACCACACUUUUCGGCCGCACAUAGAGACUGCCAUCCAUGACUUUCUGUCAGGGGAAAGGAGGGAAGAGAGCGUGCUUAGUUGUAACCCUGCACUGUCUGAAUACACGGAAACACCAGAGGUCCCACCUGCUUCUGGUCCCAAAACCCCCUCUGGAAACUCCAGAGAGGAACACAGACAAACACAAAGCGUCAGUAUGCAGGGGAACUUGUCAGCUGUGCUUUUUGUUUUUUUUCUGCCCCUGGCCUGUCGACAGGUGCUGGCUCUGGAUCAUCUGCAUGAUGCCCAGGAGAAACAAGUGAGCCAAGCCAAAAAACGCCUCUCUCUGCAGAGCACAGCUGAGAUUCAGAGUUGCCUGGUGGGCUCAGGGGACGUUGGCUGUGGGAUGUUUCAGUGUUUUAGCAACAACUCCUGUGAAAUCCAAGGCCUGCACCACAUCUGUCUCACUCUGCUGCACAACGCUGGGCGCUACGACUCACAGGGUAAGUCAUUUGUGAAGGAUGCGUUGCGGUGCAUGGCGCUGGGACUGCGGCAGCGCUUCAGUUGUGUGAGCCGCAGGUGCUCAGCAGUAAAGGAGAUGGUGUUCUCACUCCAGAGAGAGUGCUACUCCAAACACCAGCUUUGCCUGGCUCUGCGGGACCACAUGGACACUAUGGGAAACCUGGUCCAAUUCCACCUGUUGUUCCCCCCGGGACCAUACGUGGAGCUGAUGAACUUCCUGUUGAAGUGUGGAGAUGAGGUUAGGUCGUGGGUGGGCCGACGGCUACGUGGGCAGUGUGAGCUGCACUGGGGGGCACUGUGCAGCAGCCUCGGCAGCACCUGUUCUCCCAGCCAACUGGAUGCCCUUCAGCAAACUACCACCCCAACACCCACCCCACCCCGGCCUAUCACAGCACAGGGACCCCUGCAGGAGUCAACCGGAGUUUCCGAACUAGAGGAUGCGAGCAGGCUGAGUCAGACUGACAAUGCAACUGAAUCCAACGUCCCUGCUUCGUAGAUAUAAAGCGAGUCACAAAGACAUACAGGGAGGUGCAGACAGGGUACAAAAGAAUCCAAAGAUGCACUUAUUACCAUUAUAGUAGUAAUAGAAUUAAUAAAAGUAGGAAUAGUUAUCAGAGUAUUCAGUGUAGUAUUGCUGGUUUAUUUAAUCUGUUAAGUAUUUGUGUUGUAUUUUUCUUAACAUUUGACUUUGUACAAGGAUAAAAACCAAGAAUCUACCUCAUUAUUAACCACAGUGGCUGCAUCCCCCUCUCAAAGGGCACAGACACAUACGAGUAAAGACUACAGGGAUUUUGUCUCCAGUUAAAGUGCAGCUGAUGGCUCAAAGUCAGUAUUCUACCUAUUUAAGUCUGUUUUUUUAAUUUAUGAGGUAUGUUAUAUUAUGCACCGUACAGUCCGUUUCAAACACUAUCAAACAUUAUAUU